AUAUACAGCAUUAAUAUUCCUCACCAUUGACAGGAAAAGAUGAGACUGGUAUCUAAUUCUAGUUCUACCCAGUAAUACUAUACGAACACUGAACACAUCUAUCUUACAUAACAUAUAGGCAUAUAGCCACACCCCUCUUUGUCUUUUCCUCGAGAGAUAAGAAAAGUAAGUACUAUUCAAGGGUUUCCAUUUUCUCUCACACACGCUUCCCCUUAUAAAUAACUUCUCCUUCUAGACUUCUGUUACCUACCCAAAAAAAAAAAAAAAAAAAAAAAAACCCACCUCAAUCAAUGACCUAGAUGAGAAGUUCAGAGAGGCAAAAGCAAAACAGAAACCCAGUUCUAUAUAUAGUAUUUUCUCAGAAUCGAUUUUCUAGCUAGUGCAAAUAUAUUGCUGUUUUUGAUCAUAAAGUAUAUUUUUAGUAACAAUAAUGAUGUUUAUGAUAUAGUAUAUAUAAACAUAUAUACAAUAAUAAUGGGGAGAGGGAGAGUAGAACUGAAGAGAAUCGAGAACAAAAUAAAUAGACAAGUAACGUUUGCAAAGAGAAGAAAUGGUCUGCUUAAGAAGGCUUAUGAACUUUCUGUUCUGUGUGAUGCUGAAGUUGCUCUUAUCAUCUUCUCUAACCGAGGCAAGCUCUAUGAAUUCUGCAGUAGCUCCAGUAUGGCAAAGACUCUGGAGAGGUACCAACGGUGCAGCUAUGGUGCACUUGAAGCAAGCCAACCUUCGAAGGAGACUGAGAAUAGCUACCAGGAAUAUUUAAAGCUCAAAGCCAAAGUUGAUGUUCUUCAGCGCAACCAGAGAAAUCUUCUAGGAGAGGAUUUGUCCGAAUUAAGCACCAAGGAGCUAGAGCAGCUUGAACAUCAGUUAGACAAAUCUUUAAGGCAAAUUAGGUCAAUAAAGACCCAAUAUAUGCUGGACCAACUUGCAGAUCUUCAAAGAAAGGAGGAGAUGUUGCUUGAGUCCAACAGAGCUUUGAAGUCUAAGUUGGAAGAAACUUGUGCAUCACUUAGGCAAAAUUGGGAGGCUGAGCCACAGAAUGCUCCUCCUACUUAUGUUCGCCAACCUGGUGAAGGUUUUUUCGAGCCAUUGCCAUGCAACAACAACUCAUUGCACAUUGGUUAUAAUGCAGUGACGCAGGAUCACUUGAACAACGCGACAACAUCAACUCAUAAUGAAAACAGUUUUACACCAACAUGGAUGCUUUGAUUCAUGCUAAGAUCAGCUCUGCUCGUAUCAGGCCGAAUCGGAAAAAAUAUUUUGCAUACAUUUAAGCUAUAUAGCAUAAGAGUUUACGAGGAUUAGUCUAACUAUGUUGGACUUGUAUUGUAAUAAUGUAAGUUCAGCAGAAAGGCUCAAUAAGCAAAUGGAAGCAUCAAUCAUAUAUGUAAUUUAAUGAGGGAUUCACUUUGACUCUUCACCACCUUAGUUUCUUUUUUUCAUUUUUUUUUGGUGGGUGGGUGGGGGGGGGGGGGGGGUGGAUUAUCUGCAAUCCAUUACAUUAGAAUGGAAGAAGGCAUGAUGAAGCUUGACAUAUAAACAGCUGAAUAAACUAGUCCAGUUGGGCUAGACAACGUUUCAAUUUAGUUCUUACGUUAUACUACUUCCGUUUUAUAUUAAUCUACACACUUUGACAUUUUACACUAUUCACAAAUUGCACUUUGACCCUCGUUUGUGAUUUAUAUGUGAAUAAAAAUAUAGUCAUGUGGGAUCUUGUUAGAUUCGUAUUAGUAUGUAUUUUAUUAAUAUGUACUUUUUAUAAUUUUUACAAAUACAAAACUAAAGAUAUAUGUCCCCAAAGUUUUGCAUUAGCAUGCGUGAAAAGUGUAAGUGUGUAGAUUAAAUUGAAACAGAUGUAGUAUUUGUUCAUACUUUUUCGGUUGCAACAAUUGAGUUUUCACUUACCAAUGCAUGACAUGACAUUGACUAUUAAUAUCUUGA